AUGUGGAACAGGAUAUACAUGCACAACAGGAAAUAUUUGUUGCCCCUCUCAAUUAAAUCGUUCACAUGUCCACCUGGUCAAGUUUCUAUAGGACUAGCAGUAAAUGGAAGAUGUCCGACUGGUUACACACUAGUUAAUGGACAAUGCUGUGGUACACAAAGCAGUCAAGCACAAAUUUCGUGUCCGCAAAUUGAUUCGAGUGGUCCUUGUGACCGAAAUCAACAAUGUUCAGAACCAGGCUAUGCAUGUGAUAUAUCAAAUAAUUGGUGUUGUCCACAGGUAUUUGAAAAUGAGGACCCAAUCGGUCCGUGUAUAGAAGGUGAAGGUGGCACACGUCUUUGCCCUGAAGGCUAUGCAUGUGUUGGAGAUGGAGAAGGCGAGUGUAGAAGAUUAGAUACUGGUACGUGUGCUCCAGAAGAACAACUUGGACCUUGCGGUCCAAACAAUGAAUGCCCUGCAGGCUAUGAAUGUAUAGAAGGGUUUUGUUGUAGAAUUGAUAAUGGAGGAAGAAGUGGAAAUACAAGACGUUAUAGGAGAGGAAUCAUGAAAUUAAUUUACAUGUAA